AACCACCCUCAGAUGCUCCUCGUGCUCCUUCUGGCUCUUCGAGUAGAUAAGAAUAUCGUCAAUAAAGACAAUAACAAACUGAUCGAGGUAGGGAUGGAAAAUACGAUUCAUCAGGUCCAUGAAAACUGCUGGAGCAUUACUGAGGCCGAAUGGCAUGACAACAAACUCGUAAUGGUC